CCGAGUAUCACAUGUUCUGUUAACUUGUUACUUCAUUAUCUGAUUCACUUAUUACAUACACCAAAAUACACCAAAAUUCUGUUUUCCCUCUUAAGUAACCUCAAACUCUUUCACUUUUCAUGUAUGGGUUCCUAUUCCUCACCCAUUUAUAGAGGAACAGAGAGACACUGAUGAGAUCUUGAGCAUUCUUGGUGUGUAGGUUUCUGAAAAUGGAUUCUCAAAUCUGGAGAACAGGGAUGUGUUUCUGGGUGUGUUUGUUUGGUUUCUUGAGCUUCAUUCAUUGUGUGAGUUCAGAAGGAGAGGGAAUAGGAGGAGGUAGUACUGAAGGUUUGGUUAGAAUUGAUGGGAAAGAACCCAUUGGGAAAAUUGAUGAAGAUUUUGUUUGUGCAACUUUGGAUUGGUGGCCUCCUGAGAAAUGUGACUAUGGAACUUGCAGCUGGGGCAAGGCUUCUCUCCUUAAUCUGGAUCUAAGUAACACUAUCUUAUCAAAUGCCAUAAAGGCUUUUUCACCAUUGAAACUUAGAUUGGGAGGUACCUUGCAAGAUAAAGUCAUAUAUGAUACAGAAGACAAUAAAGAACCUUGCCCAGUUCCUUUUGUUAAAAAUACCACAGCUAUGUUUGGAUUUAAUAAGGGGUGCUUACCCAUGAAGAGAUGGGAUGAAUUAAACUCCUUUUUUCUGAGAACAGGGGCUAAGAUUAUCUUUGGAUUAAAUGCCCUCCCCGGACGAACUUUACAGAGUGAUGGCUCUGCAACUGGAGCUUGGGACUUUACCAAUGCCGAAUCUUUCAUUCGGUACACUGUCAAACACAACUACUCUAUAGCUGGAUGGGAGCUAGGGAAUGAGCUAUGUGGGCGUGGAGUUGGAACAGCAGUAGCAGCAAGUCAGUAUGUCAAUGAUACAGCUUCUCUGCAUAACAUAGUACAGAAUGUAUACAAGGGUGUUGGACCAAAGCCACUAAUCUUGUCACCUGGAGGGUUCUUUGAUGCACCUUGGUUCAAAGAACUUGCAGAUAAAACCACCACUUCAUUAGAUGCGGUCACUCACCAUAUAUAUAAUCUAGGGCCAGGGGUUGAUCAACACCUUAUUGAAAAGAUUCUUGAUCCGGCGUAUCUGGAUGGUAUUGCUAACACAUUUAGCAGCCUUCGAAACAUCCUAAAGACCUCUGCAACUUCAGCAAGUGCAUGGGUUGGGGAAGCAGGAGGUGCUUAUAACAGCGGUCAUCAUCUUGUCACGGAUGCAUUCGUGUUCAGUUUCUGGUAUUUGGAUCAGCUUGGUAUGUCUGCAUCUUAUGAUACCAAAACUUAUUGCAGACAGACAUUGAUUGGUGGAAACUAUGGUUUACUCAACACCACUACCUUUGUUCCCAAUCCAGACUACUACAGUGCUCUUCUUUGGCACCGAUUAAUGGGAAGAAAUGUACUGUCAACGAGGUUUGCUGGACCCAAAAAGAUACGUGCUUAUACACACUGUGCAAAACAAUCUAAAGGGAUUGUAGUACUAUUGAUCAACCUACACAACACCACCAUUGUUCAGGCCAAGGUUGCCUUCAACAGUACCUGGAGUUUGCGACAUAGACACAAAUAUCACAAGUCUCAUAGAUCACAUAUGCUGAAGAAGCACCAUAGCGGUCUAAGAAGCUCAACAGAAAGAGUGAGAGGUGAUACAGAAAGAGAAGAAUACCAUUUGACACCAAAGGAUGGAAAUAUACAAAGCCAAACCAUGCUGCUUAAUGGAAACGCUUUGAAUGUGGAUUCAUCUGGGAACAUACCUACAUUAGAACCUAUUUUUGUAAAUUCAUCGCAACCGAUAAUUGUUGCUCCAUUUUCAAUUGUAUUUGUUCACAUACCAUACGUUGUUCCCCCUGCUUGCAGGUAGGUAGUACUAUGUGGGAUCAAAAGUGGUACCAUAUAGUGAUUGCUUAAAUAAGAGAUAGAAUACAAUUCGAUGAUGGCCUUUUUUGGCUCCCUUUUUUCUCUCUUAUUCAAAUGAAGAAGAUAAAUCAAUGAGUUUUCA